GCCUGCACGAGCCAGCAUGGCAGCAUGGCAGGAGCGAGAACUGAUCUGAAGCAGCACACUUCGCGACAACUUGUCGGACAAGUCACAAAUCAUGCGCACAGCGCCAUGCAUGCUGGACUCCUGGCAGAAGUCGCUAGGUAGGUACCGUUUAGCGAUACCCUAGCCAACCAGAAUCCCAACGUACAAAUCUUAGCAAAAGGGACAAGGGCAGCUUGAGGCCACGCUAGGACGAGCUUGGCAGAGGACUGCAGGUUCAUCUCGGAGAUCCAUUUCUUACCUAUUUUUCAGCAGGCAUACAGAGCAACUGGUGAUGUGCAUGCGGUUGAGACAGUGGGACGAAAGCUUGUUUCAAUCUAAAAAGUGACGGUCACUGCUAUGUAGGUAGAUAGGUUUCGUGGCUGACAAGCCAAGCUCCUGAUCAAAGAAACCACAUGGAAGCCGCACUUAUCAAGGAGCUGGGGCCUGACAGUGCGCUCAGUAUCCUUCCUGAGGAACUUCGCAGGCAGAUAUUUGGCUACCUUGAAUAUGCUGACCUUGCUUCACUGGCACAAGUUUCCACGGCAUUCCGUCAGCAAGCUGAUGAUGAUGACCUUUGGCAGCCGUUAUACACAAGACACGUUUGGACUGAGCCAGAAGGAUUCCUACCACAGAGUGAUGAAUGCUGGAAACAGGUAUUCACCAGGAGAGUCCGCAUCGAGAAGCAUGGCAGCGGACCUGCGUUUGGUCGGGAGAAUGACACCAUCUGCUUCUUGAGGGACGGUAUCCUGGUCAGAACAGUCGCAGCUGAGGAGUGCAGAUCACCGUCUGACGUUGGAGAAGCAAACCGGGGUAUCAAGCGCAAGCGGCCGGGGAGUGCAAGUCGUCGACUGUAUGCGGCUGAUAACCAGUCAGCGAUUGCAUUUGCUCUACAGAGGAGUCUGGCAUACCACGGGGCUGGGGCUGCGGCAGCUGGUAGCUCGACGCUUGCUGAGGAGGAAACGUAUCAUGGAGCACAAGGUGGAGAGAAGCGCAGCGGCAUCUUUGACCGCCUUUUGUCUGUUUCUGUUGAUCUGCAGUCGGCAGCACGACAGGCCCAAGAAGCUUAG